GGCUAUCAAGUCUGCUUCUCGUUCUCCUGUUAAAGGACCGCACGGAUACCUGUCCGAGUCGCUGUUUGUGUUUCAGGACCACUGUACGGUGCAUGCAUCUGAUGCUGGACACCAUUCCUAAUGUCCCGCCACUGACCAGGAUACUGUGAGUCCAACCGUGUGUUUUAAAAUGAAUGUACAGUCAUUGGAAGAUCACUGGUAGCAUGUGGUGUGCGUUCAGGAGCACUUACUAUUCCUGGUGUUCAUGUCUUACCUGAUACAGGCUUCUAUACUAAAAUGAGAAUUCAAAGUGAAUAUCAAAUUUAAGGCCAGAGAAUGUUUCCGGUUCAGUCAUUGGUGAAUAACCAGGUGAGAGUCUAAACUAUUCCAUUAGUGCAAGUAUUAGAAUUAAGGAGCUGUAACAGACGAGGAACAGAAUUGGUUCUCCGGACAAUUCUUUUUCAGCAAACAGACCUUACUGAAACGGGUUUAGAAGGAAAAAUUGGAUCUUCAUGUGCAGUGCAGCUAUUUCUAUUAACGUUUUAUUAAUUCUCAGCAUGCAGUGCAUUUUGAUAAACUUGGAAUUACAAAGUUUCGGUAAGAAUAGCUGUGUUUGAAGGGUUUUUCCAGUUUAAAUGUUCCUUUGGCAAUUCACAUUCCUGGUGUAAAUCUAAUUAGGAGGUAAAACCUUAACCCCUUAAGGACACAUGACAUGUCUGACAUGCCACGAUUCCCUUUUAUUCCAGAAGUUUGGUCCUUAAGGGGUUAAAUAAUGUGUUUGUGCUGAAUAGUUUACACACUGAGGGUUUAUUUGUUAAGUAGAACAUUGGUUUGGAUUGAAAACACUUGCAAGGCUUGUUCACUAAGAUAUGAGUUGUUGGCUCUCUUUAGUCUAAAAUUUGAAAUUCACUUUGGAUUUUUAGUUAUUCCUAGUAGCUAGCUAGAUAGGACAAGCUUUUCAAAUUAUCACAAUCUGUUAGAAAAGGUUUUCAAAUUAUUUGUCUCUGAAUAUCCCCAUAGCCUUUAAUGGCGAUUUCUGUGGAUAAAUAAAUAAUUUGGCAAGUUUUUCAAACCGUUAUCAUUUCAAAAAUAUGAAAUCAGGCCUUGGAGUUAAUUUAACUACUUGUUUGUUUUUAAUUUGCAAGUUUGUGUAUUUACCUUGGAUUCCCUGUUUAGUGGAUAAACCCCACUAGACACCAUUCACCAGGGCCAGGGGAGACUAUGAAAUUUUGCAUUUUUAUCCAGACUGGCACAGUGGCUCUGCACAUGGUAUAUUUUAAAUGCAGGUGACCAGUGGGUCUGUUUUUUAUUUAGAGACUCGAGUCUCCCAGUGUUUUGUCAGAUUACAUCAUUGCAAGUGUAUGCUUCAAACUGAACCAGCCGUUCUCCAAAACACCAGAAUCCAAACACGCAAGCAAGAGUCCCCACUAAAGAACGUUCCUGAUUACAUGCUAUGGCCAAACAUUUACAAAAAGCCAUGACGUAUUGUGGAUGGAAACGUCUAUCUGGCUUUUUAAACUCCUUCGUGAAGCAACUGGAUACAAUCCUCGUAUCUCGAACUUCACAACAUUCCUGACGUGUAAGAUUAGCUGUAAAUGUUUAGUGUUUUGUAAAGUAUUACUGGGAAAGAAAAUAAAGUUCACAGGUUAGAUGAUAACUGAGAAUAAGUUCAACUUUAAAAGGCGAAUAUUAAGAGCUGCAGUGGUAAAGGGGAAAAGCGAAACAAACCCAUUGCUAUCCUAAAAAGGCACAGAUUGGGCAUUUCAUGCAAAUUAUUGCUUCUCGUGAUAUUUUGAUACAUAGAAAUUGUCAAAUCUGUUUCACUCACUUUUCCGUGUUUGCAAUUUUUUCAGACGGACAUUGCAAUGUCACAUUCACAUUUUGGCAAAAAUCUUAAAAAUUGUAACCCGAAUGCAAAACAGAUGGGAAAAUUCUCCAAUUGUCUCCAGUUGUUUCGACAGCGAAUAAACCAUAUAUAAUACACUGCUCAAAAAAAUAAAGGGAACACAAAAAUAACACAUCCUAGAUCUGAAUGAUUUAAAUAUUCUUCUGAAAUACUUUGUUCUUUACAUAGAUGAAUGUGCUGACAAUAAAAUCAAACAAAUUAAAAAAAUGGAAAUCAAAUUUUUCAACCCAUGGAGGUCUGGAUUUGGAGUCACACUCAAAAUUAAAGUGGAAAAACACACUACAGGCUGAUCCAACUUUAAUGUAAUGUCCUUAAAACAAGUCAAAAUGAGGCUCAGUGGUGUGUGUGACCUCCACGUGCCUGUAUGACCUCCCACUAUUUUCUAGUGUACAGCAGGUGGAUUCUUGGUCUAAAGGAACAUUUCUGAUAAAGGCAAGCAGCCUGUUACAUGCUUGACUGCUUGCUCCUGAUGAGGUGGCGGAUGGUCUCCUGAGGGAUCUCCUCCCAGACCUGGACUAAAGCAUCUGCCAACUCCUGGACAGUCUGUGGUGCAACGUGACAGUGGAUGGAGUGAGACAUGAUGUCCCAGAUGUGCUCAAUUGGAUUCAGGUCUGGGGAACGGGUGAGCCAGUCCAUAGCAUCAAUGCCUUCGUCUUGCAGGAACUGCUGACACACUCCAGCCACAUGAGGUCUAGCAUUGUCUUGCAUUAGGAGGAACCCAGGGUCAACCGCACCAGCAUAUGGUCACACAAGGGUUCUGAGGAUCUCAUCUCGGUACCUAAAGGCAGUCAGGCUACCUCUGGCAAGCACGUGGAAGGCUGUGCGGCCACCCAAAGAAAUGCCACCCCACACCAUUACUGACCCACUGCCAAACCGGUCAUGCUCGAGGAUGUUGCAGGCAGCAGAACGUUCUCCACGGCGUCUCCAGACUCUGUCACGUGUGCUCAGUGUGAACCUGCUUUCAUCUGUGAAGAGCACAGGGCGCCAGUGGUGAAUUUGCCAAUUUUGGUGUUCUCUGGCAAAUGCCAAAAGUCCUGCACGGUGUUGUGCUGUAAGCACAACCCUCACCUGUGGACGUCAGGCCCUCAUACCACCUGCAUGGAGUCUGUUUCUGACCGUUUGAGCAGUCACAUGCACAUUUGUGGCCUGCUGGAGGUCACUCUGGCAGUGCUCCUCCUGUUCCUCCUUGCACAAAGGCAGAGGUAGCGGUCCUGCUGCUGGGUUGUUGCCCUCCUACGGCCUCCUCCACGUUUCCUGAUGUACUGGCCUGUCUCCUGGUAGCGCCUCCAUGCUCUGGACACUAUGCUGACAGAUACAGCAAACCUUCUUGCCACAGCUCGCAUUGAUGUGCCAUCCUGGAUGAGCUGCACUACCUGAGCUACUUGUGUGGGUUGUAGACUAUGUCUCAUGCUACCACUAGAGUGAAAGCACCGCCAGCAUUCAAAAGUGACCAAAACAUCAGCCAGGAAGCAUAGGAACGGAGAAGUGGUCUGUGGUCACCACCUGCAGAACCACUCCUUUAUUGGGGGUGUCUUGCUAAUUGCCUAUAAUUUUCACCCGUUGUCUAUCCCAUUUGCACAACAGCAUGUGAAAUUGAUUGUCACUCAGUGUUGCUUACUAAAUGGACAGUUUGAUUUCACAGAAGUGUGAUUGACUUGGAGUUAAAUUGUGUUGUUUAAGUGUUCCCUUUAUUUUUUUGAGCAGUGUAUAUAACUGUUCGCUCACCUUUCCGAUUUACAUCAAGAUUAAGCAUUACCCUACUGUCCAUUUCUUUUCUGUAUCUGUUUUUGCCUCAUACUUAGAUUUUCAAAUUCAGAAAAACUAAAAGUGAGACAUGUUUUUAUUUUGUAAAACAUCUGCUGCAGUUUUGCAUUGUUAACUGGAAUGUGUCUUGUGAGCCUUUUAAUACUGAUUCUGGGCUUUCAUAUACAACAUCGCCAAACACUGCCCUAGGGGUACUAUACACCUUUUCUGGUUUACAAGUCAACUCUGCUGUGGUGAAUUUUGGCAGCCUUAGUUAGCAUGCACCUUUUGAUCAUCGGCCGCAAUGAGCAUUUCUGUGAUGUUUGCACCUGUGCAGGUAGUGCUCUAAGUGUGUUCUGACACCUGCUGUAAUGAACAUUCUCUGCGUUCCCUGCUUCCAGGAGUGAGUAAAGCCAAGUAGUGCAAGGCUCUAGAUCAGGCUUCCCCAAACUCCGGCCCUCCAGAUGAUGCUGAACUAUAAUUCCCAUGAUUCUAUGAAUGAAAUUGGCUGAGAAUCGUGGGAGUUAUAAUUCAGCAACAUGUAGAGGGCCGGAGUUUGGGGAAGCAUGCGUCUAAAUACUCGCUUUGGCCGACCUCUCCAUGUUCUUCAAAAUGUUGCUGGCUGCUCGUUGAGGGACACUACCUCAUUAUUCAGCUAUUUCCAAGUGCGUCUCAUGUAUAUAUAAGGCAAUGCCUUUUUUAAAUGCUGAUAUAACAACUUAUUUUUUUAGGCCCCAAUGUAAAACAUUUCUUAAAGCGUUUUCAAUGUUUGGGUAGCCAGCUCUCAGUGAACUGCCACUGUGUGUGUGCCAGAUACCCGCAUUUAAAUAAUAUUAAUCACAACAACACCAGACAGUUAACAUCGAGUACUUUUUAUGUUCAUAUGGAAACUGUUCAGUUUUUAGUCCCCCUACUGCAGUCCUGUAUUUUACUAUGCUAUUGGUUCAUCCAUUGUCAAAUGCUGUAGCUGUCACAAAACGAUGCUUUGAGGGAACAGUUGCUAAGACGGGCUUUUUGCCACCCCUCUAGGAGAGACCGUCCCGGUGAGUGCUUAAUGUGACAUCAUGCAUUUCUAACUGUUUCCCAAUGUUCUAAUACGAGCAGAAGAUUCUCACAGCCCUUGUUCUUGGGUUGGGUGGGCUCUCGGCUGUUUCACACGGGGCAGGUGGUCCUGGUAGACGAAGGCUUGUUUGUUAUCCUAGAUCUUUGUACCAUUUUUUGGGGUGUUUUGUUUAGUUAUUAUUUUAAAGUAACAUUGGAACUCCCAAAAAUGUUCAGAACUUACUUAUUUCCAUCUGCAUGUAUAUACGUUAUAUGAGUGUAAACCGCUAAGUUGUGUGGCUGCUUCUAUCUACUUUACUUUGCUAAACAUAAUUCUCUUGCUUGUAUGGUUGUAUUAGGGAGAAAGGGGAGAUAAAAACAUAGUAUAAUUAUCUGUCAGGGCAGCGUUAUUCUCGAUGAGUGACAAGCCCAAUAAUUAAAUUCUAAGCUCUGUGUCAAGCAUGGCCACAGCAUGGUGGUACGUUGUCCACUGUCCACAAUAAAAACUAAUGUGAAAAUAGAAAACAUGCAAAUAUUCCCUUCAGGAUAAAAACAAGAAUACAAAAAUGUAUUGUGCAGUAUGUCUGUAUAAGUCCAUCAACAUAAACUUACAGCCGAGGUGUGUGUGUGCACUCACAUAUUAUUGAGCCCAUAAAUACUGGCUCAGGUAUAUACAGCAUGGGUCUAAGGAUUCCAAAAAAGACGGGAGCAAAUAUUUCACAGGUCUUCCAAAGAAAGGGAGAUAAACCAGGAUUAUCAAAAAAGAACAUUUAUUUAAAAGAUUAAAAAAAAAAAACUUUAAUUUAAUCAAGAAAAAGACUUCUCCAACCAUUGAGUAGUAUAUUGGUAAAACAGUACACCAGCAGCACAACGCGUUUCGACACUGUGUCUUCCUAACGUCUCAACGUAUACUUCCCCCUUCCACAUAGAAACAUAGAAUGUGACGGCAGAUAAGAACCAUUAGGCUCAUCUAGUCUGCCCAAUUUUCUAGUAACAUAUAUAUAGACCAGUAAAUCAUUGUAUUUUCGUGCCAUUCAGCGCACUUCUAACAUGUUGUGGGUGCUCUGCGUCACCUCCAUUGGUUGCAUUGUCCGUAUGUUACGAGUAGUCUGUAAAUUGAGAUUUUUAAAAAUGAUCUUGCUGUUUGUAAUGAGCCAUUUAUACAUGGACCCCUCCAUGUCAGUCCCUAUGGUGCUUGGAAAAUGAGAUUUCCUAGCAAAAUCGGAACUACUUCCGAUCCAGCACCCCGACACACAACUAGCCAGCAUAAAAAACAGAUACCCAUUCAGAAUAUGCCCCUCCAACAUAACAUACUUGGGAAUACAACUCCCAGCUGACUUAAACACUAUAUACACGAAAAACUACACCCCAUUACUACGUAAGCAUAUGCUGACCUACAGAAGUGGAAGACACUGGGUGUGUCCUGGCUGGGUCGGGUGGCAUCGGUAAAAAUGAACCUACCGCCCCGAUUGCUAUAUCUCUUUCAAACACUACCCAUACCACCCUACAGAGCAGACCUCAAAACGCUACAAACGGCGGUAGAUCACUUUAUCUGGAACAUCCACAAAAACCAUGGGGGCCUAGGGCUCCCAAAUUUUACACACUACUACGCAGCAGCACACCUAGCUCAGAUUCAACAAUGGCACGCUCCACCACAAACCAAAAGAUGGGUAGACCUCGAACACACAAUCUUCGGAAAAGACCACCCAUCCCUAUACAUGUGGGUCCCUAAAUCGCAUCGACCCCUACCCCCCCCAACCGCAACAACCAUCACGCACUCCCUGGACCUCUGGGACAAACUACAGGAAUAAUUUGAACUAUCCUCGUUCCUCUCCCCAAUGACCCCGAUCUGGAGGAACAAACUAUUUCCACCAGGGCUCACUCCCGCCCACUUCGCCCAUUUCAACCAAAGGGACAUAGUGAGACUCAACAGCCUGUACCAAAAUAACGCGGUAAUAAAAUACUCGGAAAUCAAAGAUGCGGACACCUUGACAUCGUUCAUCCACUUCCGAUACAUUCAGUUGCGCAGCUUCGCAUUAACCCCACUAAUACAACAAGCCGGCACAGCCACGCUUACCCGAUUUGAGAAGGAAUGCACUCACCACCCAAUUAGAAGAGGUCAAAUAUCAGACCUAUACAUGACCCUGGCAACCCACCCUACCCAAGUAACACUAACUUAUAUAGCAGCCUGGGAAAAAGACCUGGGACCCCCAGAAGACAACACAGACUGGGCAGAUAUUUGGGAAGCUACGGCCUCGAUAUCAAUUUGUGUAACACACGCGGAACAAGCAUACAAGAUGCUUUUUCGAUGGUACCUUACACCCCAACGCCUAGCAAUAAUCCACAAAACACCCAGCACGUGCUGGAAACUAUGUGGAGAACAAGGGACAUUUUUCACUGUUGGUGGACAUGUCCCAAAAUAAAACCCCUAUGGAUCAGCGUCAUUGCCCUACUGACAAAAAGUCUACAUAAGCCAUACCCAUUAGACCCAUGGGCCCUUCUACUCUCAAAACCUCUAGAAAAUUUAACCAGAGCAGAAAACAAACUUAGCGCACGCAUCACCCUCUCCACACGACGGGCAAUAGCAGAGCUUUGGUCCACCACCCGCAUACCAUCACAAGCGAGCAUCACUAAAAAAAUACAGGAUAACAUACAAAUGGAUAGGCUCACAUCCCAGCUCCACAACACUCCCAAACAAUUCCAUAAGGUUUGGGACUCAUGGCUAGAGGGAGAUACCUCCCUGCCCUGGUGAACACAACCUCAGCUUGCACAAGAGUACAUACUAUAAACACACUAUCACCUCGCUCUCAGGAUCCAACCCCCCCUCAAAGCUCCUGUCAAGCCCAAACAUCCGCUCACCCCGCAAUACCCACCGGGCCCCGCGCACAUGGCAGAUCACCCCAAUUACCCAUUCUUGGACCCCCCUACCCUUGGAAUCCACCCCCAUGACCCAUUCUAUACCCACUACUCUACCUCACUACCCCUGCACAGGAAUACCAGGCAAUGGAACUUGCCCACGUGACGCACACACAACUCGGGGCACACAAAACCCAAUUACACCAAAACAUAGAGAACUACCGAACCACCUGGCUCCAAGAUAAACUUCAACUGAAGACUAAGCGACCCAUAUACCCGACAUGGGACAACACCACUACACAGUUGGACUGAACACGGGGAUAAGCGUGGCCAUAACGCCAUCACCCCUAGGUAAUAACGGACGACCAAAUAGGACCCACAACUCUGUAUAACUGGGGAGGUUUUUUGGUUUUUUUUUCUUCUUUUUUCUCUCCCCUGCUUUAUUGACACAUAUGUCCAACAUACGUCUGUAUCAUACUUGCUUAAUAUAAGGACCACCCUUGAAGGAGACGCUCCAACGCAACUUCCAUAUACCCCCCAUAGGGGCCGUAAAAAUCCUACGGAGGUACCGAUCUAAAUAAUGAACUCAUGCCCCAGGCUCAGGCGAGCCUCUCAGUACCUCCAAAAGGUAUAGAGUCCAGGCACUUAGAUUCUAUUGUUUUAUCUUACAACCUUUUUACUGUCUAAGUUCAGAAUAUGUACGGUACAAGCUUUUACUAUGCCUAUAUAUGUAUAGACAGAAGAUUGUGCGAUUGUUAACAGAGAAGAUGAAAAUUUCUCUUCUGUACCCCAUACCCUACCCACCAAAAUACAUAAAAUGUACCAUAAAUAAAGAAUUUCAAAAAAGGAAAAUGAGAUCUCACAGCAUGCAUCUGACCUCCUAUUGCUGAUUGGCUGCUCUGAACCUUUGUAACUUAAUGACUGGUGCAGGAAUUGAGGUACCUUUUUUAUGAUGUUCCUAAAUGUGUUGCAUGAAUUAACAGCUUUACAUUGGUGUAUGACUUCCUAAUUAUUUCAUCUCAAAGAAAGGUACAUUUCCAAAACGUACAAUGAAUUGUGACCCAUGUCUCUCUCUCUCUCUCUCUCUCUAGGGAUUUGCGCUUUAACCAUAUCCGAGAGAUUAACUCAGAUCAUCUCCAGAAACUGCGGCACCUCAAUACUUUGUGAGAAUUCUUCUUUGUUCUUUGACCUGAGAGCACAAAUGGCAUUUUUUUGUUUUUUUCUUCAUUCACCUCAUUGUGGGUCCUCUCUUCAGAUUCAUUUGAGAGAGAUUCGUAAAAACGUCACAGAAAAAUGGGUGAAUCUCCAUGGAAACCAGUGAAAUGUUUUGCUGUUUCCUUGGGGACUGCUCCACGUUACAAUACUUAGUAAAACUCCUGCUUUUCUUUCAUGUUAGACAUUGAUUGAGGGUAUGGUGAUACGGGGGUGCAGUUUGGUUAUGGUGGGCCAGGGCUGCAUUUUGGGUACAGUGGGCAGGGGCUGCAGUUUGGGGAUGGUGGUACAGGGGUGCAGCUUGGGUACAGUGGGCAGGGGCUGCAGUUUGGGGAUGGUGGUACAGGGGUGCAGCUUGGGUACAGUGGGCAGGGGCUGCAGUUUGGGGAUGGUGGUACAGGGGUGCAGCUUGGGUACAGUGGGCAGGGGCUGCAGUUUGGGGAUGGUGGUACAGGGGUGCAGCUUGGGUACAGUGGGCAGGGGCUGCAGUUUGGGGAUGGUGGUACAGGGGUGCAGCUUGGGUACAGUGGGCAGGGGCUGCAGUUUGGGGAUGGUGGUACAGGGGUGCAGCUUGGGUACAGUGGGCAGGGGCUGCAGUUUGGGGAUGGUGGUACAGGGGUGCAGCUUGGGUACAGUGGGCAGGGGCUGCAGUUUGGGGAUGGUGGUACAGGGGUGCAGCUUGGUACAGUGGGCAGGGGCUGCAGUUUGGGGAUGGUGGUACAUGGGUGCAGCUUGGUACAGUGGGCAGGGGCUGCAGUUUGGGGAUGGUGGUACAGGGGUGCAGCUUGGUACAGUGGGCAGGGGCUGCAGUUUGGGGAUGGUUGUACAGGGGUGCAGCUUGGGUACAGUGGGCAGGGGCUCCAGUUUGAGUACGGUGUGCUGGGGCUGCAGUUUGGGUAUUUUAAUGAUUCUAGGUGUUGCAGCACAACUAGUGAAAUAAUAGUUUUUAAAUGGAGUUUGUUUUCCCCUUUAGAUUACUGAACAAUAAUCACAUCAGAAUUAUAACGCAUGGAUCACUCCAAGGAUUAGACAACCUCCGAUUUCUGUAAGCUUCCUUCGUAUCAUGAUCACCUACCUGUUACUAAUACACAGACAUCAGGACACUUACUUCUCACCUCCUCCUAAUACACAGACAUCAGGACACCUACCUCUCCCCUCCUUCUAACCAGGGCCGGACUGGGGAUACGAAGCAGCCCUGGAAAAAAAUCUAUGCCAGCCCCAUAAGUUAUUGUGCUAUGUAGGGUGUUUUUAUAUAUAUAUAUGCAAUUGAAAUAGUUGGCUGCACUCUCGGAUUUCCUAAAAAUGUAACUUUUAUUGAAAUAUUUAAGAGAAGAUCAAUGUUUCAGUCCCUCUUGUGGACUUUCGUCAUGAUCCUGAUGCAAGUCAACAAGAGGGACUGAAACGUUGAUCUUCUCUUAAAUAUUUAAAUAAAAGUAAAAUUUUAAGGAAAUCCGAGAGUGCAGCUAACUAUUUCAAUUGCCUAUAUAUAGUGGAUACUGGAGUCCUGGUGAUGCAACAGUGUGUGUGUGUAUAUAUAUACACACAUAUAUAUAUAUAUAUAUAUAUAUAUAUAUUAUUGAUACAUUUCUUAUUCUAAUUCAAAAUAUUAGUUCUUUUAGGGUAAUUAAAUUAUACAGUAAAGCAUACUCACACACAGACAGACAAUCUUACUGAUGCACACAAAUAGGCUCAUUGACAGACAAUGACACACACAGACAAGGUUACUGGCACACACACAAAUUUAGUACAGACAAACUGAUACACACACACAAGCUUACUAUAAACAAGCUCACUGUCACACACACACGCUCACUACAGACAAGCUCACUGAUGCGCACACACUCUCCCUACAGACAAGCCCAUUGACACACACACUCCCUACAGAAGAGCUCACUAACACACAGAUUCACUACAGACAAGCUCACUGACACACACAUGCUCACUACAGACAAGCUCACUGUCACACACACACGCUCACUACAGACAAGCUCACUGAUGCGCACACACUCUCCCUACAGACAAGCCCAUUGACACACAUGCUCCCUACAGAAGAGCUCACUAACACACAGAUUCACUACAGACAAGCUCACUGACACACACAUGCUCACUACAGACAACCUCACUGACACACAUAUGGUUACUACAGACAAGCUCACGAUCACACUCAUGCUUACUACAGACAAGCUCACUGUACACACAUGCUCACCACAGACAGACUCCAACACACCCAUGCUCCUUACAGACAAGCUCACUAACACACACACACACAUAUGAUCCCUACAGACAAGCUCACUGACACACAUACAAGCUCACUCACUAGCAGGCACACACACACACAAACUCACUAGCAGGCACACACACACACACACAGAGGCUCCCUCACUAGCAGAUGCGCGCACACACACACAGAGGCAGACAGUCACUGACACCCAGGCAGACAGCCACACACACACAGGCAGACAGUCACUGACACCCAGGCAGACAGCCACACACACACACAGGCAGACAGUCACUGACACCGAGGCAAACACCCACACAUACAAAGACAGGCAGACAGCCACACACUCACACACGCACAUGCAGACAGUCACGCACACACAGACAGACAGUCACGCACACACAGGCAGACAGCCACGCACACACACAGGCAGACAGUCACACAGUCACACAGACAGACAGUCACAUACACACAGUCAGUCACACACAGACAGUCACACAGACACACUGACCUGCUUCUUACCUCCUGAUUGGAGCUCCUGGAGGCUGGUUGUUGGGGAAGCAGGGACUCCUUCCUGCUUCCCAUGCUGCAGUCAGCCAGGGCCCCCGCUGCACGUUAAGCUCCGCCCCUGCCGUACGCUAAGCCCCGCCCCCGCUAGCUCCGCCCCGCCGCAAACAUUCUUCUUUUUUUAUGAUCCCAGCCGGCCAUGUGUGAGCUGUGCCGUCCACCUGUCUCCCCCUGCUCCCAUGGGGCUCUGUGCGGCCGCACAGCUCACACAUGGGGGACAUGGCCAGCCGGGAUCAGAGGAGCCUGAGCAAUGACAGCCCCAGGUGCCGCGGCCCACCGGGAAAUUUCCCGGUAUCUCGGUGGGCCAGUCCGGCCCUGCCUCUAACACACAGACAUCAGGACACGGACCUUUCACCUCCUCCUAAUACACAGACAUCAGGACACCUACCUCUCACCUCCUCCUAAUACACAGACAUCAGGACACCUACCUCUCACCUCCUCCUAAUACACAGACAUCAGGACACUUACCUUUCACCUCCUCCUAAUACACAGACAUCAGGACACUUACCUUUCACCUCCUCCUAAUACACAGACAUCAGGACACGUACCUCUCACCUCCUUCUAAUACACAGCCAUCAGGACACGUACCUCUCACCUCCUCCUAAUACACAGACAUCAGGACACGUACCUCUCACCUCCUCCUAAUACACAGACAUCAGGACACGUACCUCUCACCUCCUGAUAUACAAACAUUAUGUCUUCUGCUCCUAAUACAGAGAUAGACGUCAGGACACUUUCCUAUCACCUGUACUGUUUUUGUUUCCCAUUAAAGCUACCUUUACAAGAAUGAAAUUCAGAAUAUCCAGAAGAAUUCAUUUCAAGGUCUGCGCUCCCUGGAGCAGCUGUAAGUAGGAGUGUGAGCCUAGCUCUCUGCAGAACGCAUUUCAAAGACACGUGAUUCUGUAACCAGCACUCUUAAAAUACAGAGCUCUUAAAGGGUACCCGUCCUGACAAUACAUCUUAAUUGUAAAUAACCGGGAAUCAAAUUCCAGCUAUACGCUGUGCUAGGAGAAUUGCACUGGUUUUCAUGAAAAUCAGAGGUUUAAAAAAACAACCCUUCCCCCUCCUCUCAGUCAGUCUGUGCCAAUUGGCACAGCAAUAAGAAGGCAGCGCUCUGCAUGUCUAUUUCUAGGUAACCCGUGUAGCGGAGUAGAGGUAUUAUCCAAGGUAGCUCCACUGGUAGACAGGAACAGCAAUCCAAGACAGGUAUAAAACAGGUAGCGUAGUUACAAUCCCUUCCCUCCAAGAACUAGACGACACAUAGCUUGGAGGUCAACUGCCAGGUUUAUUCACACAUUUGCUUUUAUGACUUUUCCCCAUGCAAGGGAGGUAACUUAACAUAUCCAAUCACAUCGUGGUUACCUCCUCUCCCUCUCCUCCCCUUAGAUUAACAGUUAAGCUCAUUAGUGGGAACAGAGUUUUCCCCCAUUUCUGGAUGUCCCCUAAAUACAGGGGGUAUGGUGACAAAUGAGGGGUCCCCUGGUUGGUCUGGUCUGGGUGAGCAACAUACUCAAAUUUCGCCCAGAUCAGACCAGGGGUUCGGGAGUUACAGACAUUCAAAGAUUUGACCGACCGCAGGGAUUUGGUAGCCGAAAACAGCUCCAUGGAUUCUGGCCCUGCGGUCGGUCUAUUACACUGAACUGCAAGUACCGAAUGUUCAGCCAUCCGGCUCUAAUCUUAGGUUCGGAUGAAUCCCCUAGUCUGGGGGAUUCAUCCUACCGAACGGCGGGCCGUUCGGCAGUUUGAAUCGGGCAGUUCCGUGGUCCUGGAGGUCUGAGCGGUGUCUGGGUAGUCAAGCGCCCGGUUUUAGUUCCAGGCGCUCGACGACCAGGCGCCGCUGUUCGGCAGUUUAAGAUGGCCGCCGCCACGUGGUUUUUGUGCGAACGGCGGCCACCCACGAACCCAAUUACCUCUCUGGCAACAUUGUUUCCCUCUAUACAGGGGAAGCACACGACCACAGCAGGGUGGUCGUGCCUUCGGCACUUUCCAGCGAUUAUUAGGACAAAUACAAGGGAAUAAUAAUGCAGGUACAGUCUCUUGUGGCUGCUUCUGCCACAAUGCUCCCCCAGAACCAAGCCAGCAUACACAGUCUGAUCCCAACGGAUCGGCUUGGGGAUGUCUGGAGGAGUACUCACAGAUCACUUGUCCAGUUCAGUUUGUCGAGAUAACCCGUCGGCAUUUCCAUUGAGCUUCCCCAGGCGAUAUUGGAUGGUGAAAUCAAAGGGCUGUAGCGCUAAGCUCCAGCGCAGCAACCUGGCAUUGUCCCCGGACACCCGGUUCAGCCAGACCAACGGGUUGUGAUCUGUGAGUAGUGAGAAUGUUUGCCCAUACAAAUAGGGCUGCAGUUUCUUGAGGGCCCACACCACGGCAAGGCAUUCCUUUUCGAUGGCGGCGUAGCUUACUUCUCUGGGUAAAAGUUUUCUGCUGAGGUAAGCUACCGGAUGUUCACCGCCAUCGGCUCCGAUCUGGCCCAGUACUGCUCCCAAUCCAAACAUGGAAGCGUCUGUGUGGACGAGAAAACGUUUAGUUGGAUCGGGAGCAGCUAACACAGGGGCAUUAACAAGAGCAUUUUUCAGGAGCUGGAACGCCUGUUCACACUCUGGGGCCCAUACUACUAGUUUCGGGAGGUUCUUGCGGGUUAAGUCGGUAAGGGGCUUGGCUAGGGCGCUGUAGUUAGGUACGAACUUUCGGUAAUACCCUGCGGUCCCCAAAAAGGCUAGUACCUGGGUUUUAGUGUGGGGGGUUGGCCAUUUAGCUACGGCCUCUAUUUUGGCUGGCUCGGGUUUUUGGUGGCCGCUGCCCACUCGGUGUCCUAGGUAUUGGACCUCGGCCAUCCCUAUGUGACAUUUACUGGGCUUGAGGGUCAGUCCGGCUUCUCGGAUGCGGUCUAGUACUGCCCCGAUAUGGUCCAGAUGAUCUGCCCAGGAAUAACUAAAGAUGGCUAUGUCGUCUAAAUAGGCACACGCGUACUCCUGAAACCCGUCUAAUAAUCGGUCCACCAUCCUCUGGAAUGUGGCCGGGGCGUUCUUCAUCCCAAAGGGCAUGACCCGAAAUUGGUACAGGCCAAAUGGGGUGACGAAGGCCGAUUUGGGAAUAGCGUCCUCGGCUAGAGGAAUUUGCCAAUAUCCCUUGCAAAGAUCAAUGGUGGUUAAGUAUUUACCCCUAGCCAUUUUGUCUAGUAACUCAUCUAUCCGGGGCAUGGGAUAGGCAUCGGACACGGUUUUAUCAUUGAGUCUCCGGUAAUCUACGCAGAAGCGGGUAGUUCCAUCCCGUUUCGGCACGAGUACUACGGGGGAUGCCCAGGGGCUAUCCGAAGGCUCAAUUACUCCUAACUGCAACAUUUCUUUCAACUCUUUGUACAUGUUCCCCCUCACCGCUUCAGGAAUGCGGUAGGGCGGUUGGCGGAGCGGGGUCGGGUCCAGGGUUUCUACUCGAUGGGUAGCUAGCGGGGUAUAUCCCGGGAGGCCUGCAGCUUAUCAGUAGUGACGGGUCGUAGGACUAGUACCUUCUGGCCGACCUGAAAGCUGCGGUCCCUGGCUCCCCUAUCAUACCAUCGGCGCUGGCGGGUCUGAGCCGCCUGGAGGUUGUCGCGCACGGCCCGGGUCAAUGCCUCCAAGCGGUUCCGAAACUCCAACACAUAAGGUACGAUAGGGGUGCCGUUAAUGGUCGUUCCCCCCUCCCAGUGUUCCCUGAUUAGAUCUAGGGGUCCCCUUACUCUCCUGCCGAAUAACAAUUCGAAAGGGGAGAACCCAGUGGACUCUUGGGGCACCUCUCGGUAGGCGAACAGGAGGUGGGGUAGGAACCGCUCCCAGUCUUUCUGGGUUGCUACGAACGUGCGAAUCAUCUGUUUUAGCGUUCCAUUGAAACGUUCGCAGAGGCCAUUGGACUGGGGGUGGUAGAGGGAGUUAAGGAUAGCUUGGACCCCGCAUACUUUCCACAGCUGGUGAGUGACCUCAGCGGUGAAUUGGGUACCCCUAUCGGAAAUAAUCUCCCGGGGUAUCCCCAUGCGGGUAAAUAUGCGCAUAAGGGCGUCUACUAUGGUCUCUGCAUGCACAUUUGUUAGGGCCACUGCUUCUGGGUAUCUAGUGGCGUAGUCUACUACGGUUAAGAUGUAUUUUUUGCCAGACGGGCUCUUUUGUUUCAGCGGUCCGAUUAUGUCUACUGCUACCCGGCUAAAGGGUUCUUCGAUUAUGGGCAGGGUGUGUAGUUUGGCCUUGUAUCGGUCCCCUCGCUUCCCUACUCUUUGGCAGGUAUCACAGGUAUUACAGUACUGCUUAAUAUCCUGGGAUAUCCCUGGCCAGAAGAAAUUUUGCAGCAGCCGAUGUUUGGUUCGGCUGAUCCCUAGGUGGCCUGACAUGGGGAUGUCAUGGGCGAUUCGCAUUAACUCUUGUCUAUACUUCCGAGGCACAAUUAACUGUUUGAUGGGUACGGGAACUGAUCCAGCUACUAUCUUUUCGGCAUACCGGUAUAAUAACCCCUUAUCCCAAGCGUAUCUUUCCCCCUCUAUGCCAGUCUGGUUUUUAUCUACCCGGUCCUUGUAAACUUGUAGGGAUGGGUCUAGGGCGACCUCGCUACCAAAUUCUAAUGGGGCGGCCCAGGGUAACACAGUGUGAUCAGGGGGGUUCGGGCUUACCGGAGCCUCAGAGUCGAUGUGUGGUGCCGUGGUGCGAGCCUGUUGACGGGUGACGACCGGGUAUGCCUCCUGUGGAGGAGGUCGGGUAACAAAAGCGGAGGUUAGCUCCCCCAAGUCGUUCCCCAAAAUCACAUCCGCAGGUAGGUCCUGCAUCAUCCCCACUUCAAUUUGCCCUGCCCCCGCUCCCCAGUCCAAAUGUAGUUUCGCGGUGGGUACUUUGUAAAUGGCUCCCCCGGCCACCCUAACCGCAAUACAGUCUCCAGUGAGAUGGUUCGGGGCCACUAAAUGAUUCCGUAUCAGAGUGAUGGUGGCCCCAGAAUCUCAUAAUCCCUCCAUCCGCUUUCCCUCCACGUGGACCACUUGUCGGUGGCCUUGGCGGUUGUCGGAUGCCGCCUGUACCGGGUUUACCUCAUGGAGGGUGCCCAAGGGUUCCUCUAUUUGGGUAGGGGUGAAAGGUUGAGCCAAUGCUCUGGCCUGAUAGCAGUGGACUGCGGCUCGAGGGGUGGUUGGUGGUCGUGGAGGGGUCCAGGCCGGCCUGGCCCGGUUUCGGGGACAGUCUCGUUGCAUAUGCCCAAGCUGGUUACAGGUAUGGCACCGGAUAGAUGCCCGGUUGUUGUACCGGGGGGGUUGUGACUGGUAGGUCCCCCCUGGUCGGGGUGAAUCUACUGGGGUAAGUCGGGGAACGUUUGGCGUGGAUUGCACUCUAGUAGAUGAGUGCUGUUCCCGCCGGGUGUCCUGAUGCUCAUCUGCUAACUUAGUGGCCUCUUGCAGCGUACGGGGUUUACGAUCUCUUACCCAGAUCUGUAGAUCUUCUGACAAACAUUGGUAGAAUUGUUCCAGCACCAUCAACUGCGUGAUCUCUUGGGACGUGAUGGCUUUUGCUGCCUCUAUCCACCCGGUGGCUGCCCGUUGUAGUCGGUGUGCGAAUUCUGCAUGCGAGUCUUUUCCCGGUUUGAGUAGUUUCCGGAACUGUAUUCGGUAUGCCUCAGGUGUAAUGGCAUACCGUGCGAGCAAGGUUUGUUUUACCUUCUGAUAGUCCCGGAUGUCCUCUGCCGGCAUGGCUCGGUAGGCAUCUGCGGCGCGGCCUGACAGGUUACCCGCUAGCAGGGGCACUUGGUCUUCGGUGCUAAUGGCAUGUAGCUGGCACAACCGUUCAAAGUCCUGUAAAUAGCCAUCAAUGUCCCCCUCGGUAUCAUUAAAUGCUUUAAAUGCCUGGUACGGUAUUUUAGCUUUUGCUGGCGGGGUGGGGACAGCCGUUGUGAUUCCUUCCCCCUCUUGUUGGCUCCUCGGUGUCGUUCGCAGCAUGAUGUAUGCCUGUACAUCAUUGUAAAUCUGGUCUGCCUUCUGCGCUGCUACGUCUGGUGGGAAUAGAGCCAUCCUGCACCUAUAUUCCCUGGCAAACUCAGAUUCCUCCUCCCUUGGAGGUGCUGCAGCAGCUGCGACUCUGUCUCCUUCCAUGAGUUCUGCGAUUAGGAUAGCCUUUGUUUUGUUGCUUGCUAUCCUCCCUCUCGCUUCUAGUAGCUCUCUUAGCGUGUCCCGUUUUAAGAGGGUAUAAUCCGUUUCCAUUCAGUCCUUUUUAAUUCCUGCUGACUCCUUUUUGCUGUGUAGUACGAUCCCGUCGCUUGCCACCAAUUGUAGCGGAGUAGAGGUAUUAUCCAAGGUAGCUCCACUGGUAGACAGGAACAGCAAUCCAAGACAGGUAUAAAACAGGUAGCGUAGUUACAAUCCCUUCCCUCCAAGAACUAGACGACACAUAGCUUGGAGGUCAACUGCCAGGUUUAUUCACACAUUUGCUUUUAUGACUUUUCCCCAUGCAAGGGAGGUAACUUAACAUAUCCAAUCACAUCGUGGUUACCUCCUCUCCCUCUCCUCCCCUUAGAUUAACAGUUAAGCUCAUUAGUGGGAACAGAGUUUUCCCCCAUUUCUGGAUGUCCCCUAAAUACAGGGGGUAUGGUGACAAAUGAGGGGUCCCCUGGUUGGUCUGGUCUGGGUGAGCAACAUACUCAAAUUUCGCCCAGAUCAGACCAGGGGUUCGGGAGUUACAGACAUUCAAAGAUUUGACCGACCGCAGGGAUUUGGUAGCCGAAAACAGCUCCAUGGAUUCUGGCCCUGCGGUCGGUCUAUUACACUGAACUGCAAGUACCGAAUGUUCAGCCAUCCGGCUCUAAUCUUAGGUUCGGAUGAAUCCCCUAGUCUGGGGGAUUCAUCCUACCGAACGGCGGGCCGUUCGGCAGUUUGAAUCGGGCAGUUCCGUGGUCCUGGAGGUCUGAGCGGUGUCUGGGUAGUCAAGCGCCCGGUUUUAGUUCCAGGCGCUCGACGACCAGGCGCCGCUGUUCGGCAGUUUAAGAUGGCCGCCGCCACGUGGUUUUUGUGCGAACGGCGGCCACCCACGAACCCAAUUACCUCUCUGGCAACAUUGUUUCCCUCUAUACAGGGGAAGCACACGACCACAGCAGGGUGGUCGUGCCUUCGGCACUUUCCAGCGAUUAUUAGGACAAAUACAAGGGAAUAAUAAUGCAGGUACAGUCUCUUGUGGCUGCUUCUGCCACAACCCGUCUCUGGGUGUCUCUCAUGCUUGAAUCCAAGGGAGCUCAGGGAGAAGGGGCAAGCUCAGAGAACCGAGAAACAGCCAGAAUGAUCUAUUGCAUCUUUGAAACGGGCAAUGUGAGAAUGGAGAGAACAGAUACGUUUUAUUUACACCGAGCAAUUCUAAACUGCACGUCAGUUCUCCCCAAUCGGAGUAUAAAGGAGAGGUGCGUCUUACAGCUAGUGUAACACCCACUGAAACAUGAUUGGUGCUCUCAGCGGGAGACGGGGGUAACGGAAAUAAAUUCAAGUAUGAGCUUUUAACAGUAUUAAUGGAAUAAAAAAUUGUAUAAUAUGAUUCAAGCAACAUGUUAGAAAACUGCAAGCUUCUCUCUACCACGACAGGUUCACUUCAAAUGUCCAACAUGGCGUGUGAUGAUACAGAAUCGAUUGUAACCGUUAUACAGAGGGAUCUAAAUAUUGCUACCUUGAAUUCAUUGUCCUCACAAAUGUCACUUCUAGCAUUGCAUGCUGGGAGGUUUACAGGGAAUCAUCUUACUGUCUAUUGUGAGUGAUUCGUAGAAGGGAUCACUAAGUGUUCCCUCUGGACUGAGUUAAGGUUAGACCCAGCAAAUUAGGUUCUGUGUCCGGACCAGUGCAAUUCAUAUUCUAAAGGUGGUCAUUUCACCCAUUCCAUGCCGUGUGCUUCCUUUAUACGGAGAGUGGCCCUCAUGGGGAGAGGGAAGGUUUGUGUAAAUAGAUGAAAUCUCAUUGAUCGUGUUUUAUAACGAUUGUAAAAACCUACUGCCCAGAGAGGGGAGGUGGCUAGAGGCCGGUACAUUCAGAGUAAUUUAGGAAACUUCACAACUUAAGAUAAAGGUUUAUGUAAAUGAAAAAGUUGCUAAGAAUAAAAGUCACAUUUUGUUAAAAUAAUUCUCAAAUACUUUACUUACUUAGAAACAGAAUGUGACGUCAGAUAAGAACCAUUCGGCCCAUCUAGUCUGCCCAAUUUUCUAAAUACUUUCAUUAGUCCCUAGCCUUAUCUUAUAGUUAGGAUAGCCUUAUGCCUAUCCCACGCAUGCUUAAACUCCUUUACUGUGUUAACCUCUACCACUUCAGCUGGAAGGCUAUUCCAUGCAUCCACUACCCUCUCAGUAAAGUAAUACGUCCUGAUAUGAUUUUUAAACUUUUGCCCCUCUAAUUUAAGACCUCUUGUUACUUUGCUUUUAGUUUUAGCUUCUCAUUGUUUUUCCAUGUGAUUUUAAUUCGAAUGACCUCAUGUUUGUUUCAGAUAUCUUCAUUUCAAUAAGCUGGGACAUUUGGAUGCAGACACUUUAGGAGAGCUGCCCAAACUGGAAAGACUGUAAGAGGCGUAUUUGUACUAUUGUGGAAAAGAACAUAAUAAGUGUUUAGAUUUCCCUGCAAUGCUUUUAUUAUUUGUUUGUUUUUAUUUUAAAGGUUGACGUUAGUUCAGGGCAAAACAGUCACUAAAAAUCGUCAAGCAGUAACAGGAAACAUAGCUUUCAUGUUAAAGGACCACUAUAGGCACCCAGACCACUUCAGCUUAAUGAGGUGGUCUGGGUGCCAGGUCCAGCCAGGAUUAACCCUUUUUUCUAUAAACAUAGCUUUCAUGUUAAACUCAAGAGAGCACAGAUACAUAUUCGUUAACAGGUUACGGUUUUUAUCUCUCCAUUUAUAUGAACAGCUUCUAAAGUAAAACACGUCUUUCCCAUUUUAUUGUAUUGUGUUAUCUGCAAAUAACUCAGUGUCUUUGCUUCACUCAGAUUCUUACAAAAUAACCGAAUCACCAGGAUCCAGCCACUUACCUUCUCUCUGCUCCCAUCGUUGACUCGCCUGUAAGUAAAAUUUUCUUUUUUUUACUUGAAUGGGAAGCCAUGUUUGUUUCACUGCCAGGUCUCUCAUGGCAUGUGAUUUCUGAGCAGGGCAAGGUCUUGCUGAAUGUUUUUUGUUUGUUUUAUAUUUGACAGACGUCUAGACUCCAAUCCAUUAAUCUGUGACUGUGAGCUCAUGUGGCUAGCAGAUCUCUUGAGGAAAUACGCAGUUAAGAGCAGUGCGCAUGCCGCGGCUACCUGUGAACAGCCGAUACACCUACAGGGGAAAUCUGUGAGCUCUCUGUCAGCUGAUCAGUUCAAAUGUGGUGAGCAGGCCCUCAUUCCGUGCCUUAUAGAGCAGCUGUUCAGCAGAAGGGCCCCAUUCAAUUAAAAAACCUUUAUUGAAAUAUUAGAUUCUGAAAUAACAAUUAUAAGGUAUGACCUGCAGUUUUUGUGCCCGCUUUAGUAUUUUUGCUUCCUUUACAUUAAAGAAACUGAUUAGAAGAUCUUUAAACUCUUGUUAAUAUAAUCAAUUUAUUAUUUUGUGUUCUGCUUUUUAUUUGGGGAUGGGGUCGUGGUUGCAUAUUAUUAUUUGUGUUUUUCUUUGCAGAGAUCCCUCGCAUUCUGUCUGAACCCCGAGAUGCUGACAUCACAUUGGGGAACACUGUUUAUUUCACCUGCCGGGCAGAGGGGUACCCCAAACCUCAUAUUGUGUGGCUGCAUAACACGUGAGCAUUUAUUUAUUUAUUUAUUUGUCAAAUGUGGCAUUUUGAAUGCUGCAUACUCGCUGUCCUCUGAAAUAGAUUUCAAUGAGAUUAAAUAGUUGUAGUGCCUACAGUGUCCCUUUAAUGAAGUGAUUUUGGUGUAUAGAUCAUGGCCAUUCAGUCGCUCUGCUCAUUUCUCUGACAUUAGGGUUUACAUGGCAUUAUGUUGGCAGCCCUAGCCACACCUCCCUGGUUGUCAAUCACAUAGCAUCCCACCAUGCUUCCUUGACUCACAUUACGCUCCGUUUCAGCAGAGUAUUUACUUUAGAACUAGCAGGGGGUAGAAGAGUCCUGAUUUCCCAUAGAGCUUUGCCAGCGCCUCCUGUGGGAUAUGAUAGGGAUCUCCUACAGUAUUAACACAGCCACUACUGACUUGGAACUCUUUUAGCAUAAAAUUAUUGUAUUCACUGUAUUCAGUUCUGCAACUAUGAAAAGAUAGAAUAUUGGGAAUUUGGUAAGCAAAUGAAAAAAAAUAUAAAAAUAAAUGCACAUUUUUUAAGUGCAUCGUUUAAAUGCAGUGAAAAACACUUUUUGGGGAGAUGUAUCCAAGGAAGGUUAAAGGAGUUAAAGUAUUCUCUGGAUAUGUAAAGGAAUUGAAGAAUGCUCAGGAUGUGUAUAAGGAUAACACAGUAAAGGAAUUGAAGAAUGCUCAGGAUGUGUAUAAGGCUAACACAGUAAAGGAAUUGAAGAAUGCUCAGGAUGUGUAUAAGGCUAACACAGUAAAGGAAUUGAAGAAUGCUCUGGAUGUGUAUAAGGAUAACACAGUAAAGGAAUUGAAGAAUGCUCAGGAUGUGUAUAAGGCUAACACAGUAAAGGAAUUGAAGAAUGCUCAGGAUGUGUAUAAGGCUAACACAGUAAAGGAAUUGAAGAAUGCUCAGGAUGUGUAUAAGGUUAUGGUUGAAGAUUGUGUUUGAAUGUUGAAGACUGAGAAUUGUCCAACUGUCCACCUGUUGGAAAAUCAAGCCUUUUAACAUGGGGCCAUAAUCCAAAGGCAACAGGCGAGCAACCAGGCUUCUCCAGUGCAAUGUGGCGAGAUUGGUCUCGUCACACUCGGGAUGUGUAUAAGGCUGUGGCAAACCUAGCCACCAAGAGACUGAGAAAGGACUUUCAAGAUUCGAAUGAACUUGGAUUAAAAUGGCUGUAUUGCUAUUAGGACGGUUAUCUUCAGGCAAUCGGUUCACGAACUACAUCCAUUGCAUUAUCCACGAAAACGUGUAAAAUACUGAAUGAAGGACCACCCCGGUGUAGUCGUGUGUCCCUCAUUACCGAAGGCAACAAUGUUGCAAAGGCUGGUAAUUGAGGUUCGUGUGCGGCUGCCAUUCGCCUGCCGAACAUGUGGCGGCGGCCAUCUUACGCACGAACAGCGGUGUUUGGUCGUUGAGUGUCUGGAACUCAAAUCGGACACUCGACUAACCAAGCACCACUAAGACCUCCAGCACUCCGGAAAGGGACAAAUAAAACGCACGAACAGCUCAGCAUUCGGUAGGAUGAAUCCCGCGAACUAGGAGAUUCAUCCGAAUGCAAAGUCAAGCAUGGAUGGCAAAGACUUUCGGGACUUUUUAUACGUGAACUGAGACCGACCGCAGGGCCAGAACUCAUGGAACUAUUUUCGGCUACUGCCCGUGCGGUCAGUCAAAUCUUUUCCCUUCAAUAACUCCCGAACCACUGGUCUGAUCUGGGUGAUUUUUGAGUAUGUUUCUCACCCAGAUCAGGGCUACCAGGGGAUCUCUCAUUUAAAGGUGUACCCCCUGUAUUUGGGGUACAUCCAAGAAUUGGGGGGAAAUGUGUACAUGUUAAUAAGUUUAACUGUUAAGCUAAGGGCAGGAGAUGUGGAGGAGGUACCGACUAUGUGAUUGGAUACUGUAAUAAUUAUGGAAGUUGCCUCCCUUGCAUGGGAAAAACACAUAAAAGCAGAGCUUGUGCAUUAAAAGCCAGUUGACUCCUAGACUAUGUGUCGUCUAGUCCUUGGGGAGAGGGAUUAUGCUGUGUUUUAUACUUCUGUAUGCUGAAUCUUUGUUUCCAGGGGAGAAUCCUUGGAUUAACCCCUGCUACUCCGCUACAAAGGCUAACACAGUAAAGGAAUUGAAGAAUGCUCAGGAUGUGUAUAAGGCUAACACAGUAAAGGAAUUGAAGAAUGCUCAGGAUGUGUAUAAGGCUAACACAGUAAAGGAAUUGAAGAAUGCUCAGGAUGUGUAUAAGGCUAACGCAGUAAAGGAAUUGAAGAAUGCUCAGGAUAUGUAUAAGGUGAACGCAGUAAAGGAAUUGAAGAAUGUUCAGGAUGUGUAUAAGGCUAACACAGUAAUGGAAUUAAGGAAUGCUCGGGAUGUGUAUAAGGCUAACACAGUAAAGGAAUUGAAGAAUGCUCAGGAUGUGUAUAAGGCUAACACAGUAAAGGAAUUGAAGAAUGCUCAGGAUGUGUAUAAGGUUAUGGUUGAAGAUUGUGUUUGAAUGUUGAAGACUGAGAAUUGUCCAACUGUCCACCUGUUUGGUGGGUGGGAGGGAUACCCAGUGUAACUAUAGAACCUGAACUACCCUUCACACAUUUACUACAUUUGAUUAACUGGGAACAGAGUUUUGUUGUGUUAAAUUUCAUUAAAUGAUCCUUACUUCUUUCCUCUUUCCAGAAAUGAGAUUGAUCUGAGUUAUGAUGGCCGUUUAAAUCUGCUGCAUGAUGGGACAUUGAUGAUACAAGAUACAAGAGAGUCGGAUAAAGGAGUUUAUCAGUGUGCAGCCAAAAACAUAGCUGGCGAGGUGCGGACGCAGGAAGCGGUUCUACGCUACUUUGGCAGCCGCAGUAAGUAGUUUGAUCUUAGUGUCCAGAAGAGGGGCACACAAUGCAGAAUCUGGAGCUGAUGUCCCAUUAUUUUAACCCCUUGAGGACGGCGGGGGUGCUAUGCCUACCUUGGGAACCCCGCUCUAAAUGCCAGCGGGCGGCAUAGCACAUCCACGCUAUCCUAUGCAUUUACCUGCUCGCCAGCGAUCGCGAUGGGGGGACUUAACUGGCAUCCCAGACACUCCCCCUGCUGCUGAUCCGGCCUUCUGGGCCAUGUGAUCGCGAGUGUAUACAAUCGGGUGUAUACAAUCACCUGUUCUUUGUUGCUACAUAUCUGUAUUAGUGGCUAUUCUCCUAUUUAAUAUUCUAAGGAUACUUAACAAUGUGUAUUUGAAUAGCUAUAUGAGCUGCUUUGUAACUGGAUACUUUCACAGUAGCUAUUUAUAAGAUACAGUAGGCAGGCUACAUAGAGUUUUCCUUUUUUAAGUCACCAGCACAUUUUUGCAUCACUAUUUUAUUUGGUUUCAUGUUUAUGUAUAUGUAACAGUCUAACGUAAAGUAUUGAAUAAAGAUAUCAAUAUUUGUACUUUCUAACCCUUUGAUUGAGUUCUUAAUGUGGGUAAAUCUUUGGCUGUUCUUUGAGAAUUAAUAUCCGUGUGUCUUUGGCACUCGGGUCCUCGCUCUCAAUAUACCCGCGUAAGGUACUCUCUUUCUCUUGAAUUUUUUUUGGUUAUGCCCACUUUACCCACUUAGUCCUUCUUUUGACUUUAGGAUCAGGUUGUCCUGUCCCUCAAGUCUUUCUUUUUUAUAUAUAUAUAUAAAAUUAAAUUAUUUUUUUUUUUUAUUCUACGUAUAUAUUUAUGUAAUAAUUUUACAUAAUUAGGACAUUUUAUUAAUUACAAUUUGCGGGAUAACCCUGGCAGAAAGUCCAGAGAAUUUAAUUUGCUAGCACUAUAUUUAACUUUCCAAGACGCCAUAAAACCUGUACAUGGGGGGGGGGGUACUGUUUUACUCAGAAGACUUUGCUGAACAGAAAUAUUAGUGUUUUAAAACGGUAAAAUGUAUUACAACGAUGAUAUUAUCAGUGAAAGUGACGUUUUUUGCAUUUUUCAUACACAAACGACACUUACACUGACGAUAUAAUUGUUGUGAAACGUUUUAUGGUUUUCAAACACUAAUAUUUGUGUUCAGUGAAGUCUCUGGAGUAUAACUGUACUCCUCAUGUACAGGUUUAUGGGGUUUUCAAAAGUUGAAGCCUUACUUCAGGAGUGGAGAAAGUGAUGGAAACCAUGUUAAACGAUAGGAUUGAUGAACAUCUAAAAACACAUGGAUUUCAAGAUCAGAGACAACAUGGGUUUACUUCAGGGAAAUCAUGCCAAACUAAUCUUAUUGAUUUUUUUUGAUUGGGUAACUAAAAUUAUAGAUCAGGGUGGUGCAGUAGACAUUGCUUACCUAGAUUUCAGUAAGGCUUUUGACACUGUUGCACAUAGAAGGCUUAUAAAUAAACUGCAAUCUUUAAGUUUGGAUUCCAAUAUUGUUGAAUGGGUAAGGCAGUGGCUGAGUGACAGGCAACAGAGGGUUGUAGUGGAAUAUAUUCGAAGCUUGGACUUGUCACCAGUGGGGUACCUCAGGGAUCUGUACUUAGACCCAUUCUCUUUAAUAUUUUUAUUAGUGAUAUUGCGGAAGGUCUUGAUGGUAACUCAUGUCUUUUUGCUGAUGAUAAUAAGAUAUGUAACAGGGUUGAUGUUCCAGGAGGGAUAAGCCAAAUGAUUUAGGUAAACUAGAAAAAUGGUCAGAGUUGUGGCAACUGACAUUUAAUGUGGAUAAGUGCAAGAUAAUGCAUCUUGGACAUAAAAACCCAAGGGCAGAGUACAGAAUAUUUAAUAGAGUCCUAACCUCAACAUAUGAGGAAAGGGAUUUAGGGGUGAUUAUUUCUGAUGACUUAAAGGUAGGCAGACAAUGUAAUAGAGCAGCAGGAAAUGCUAGCAGAAUGCUUGGUUGUAUAGGGAGAGGCAUUAGCAGUAGAAAGAGGGAAGUGCUCAUGCCACUGUACAGAACACUGGUGAGACCUCACUUGGAGUAUUGUACACAGUACUGGAGACCGUAUCUUCAGAAGGAUAUUGAUACCUUAGAGAGGGUUCAGAGAAGGGCUACUAAACUGGUUCAUGGAUUGCAGGAUAAAACUUACCAGGAAAGGUUAAAGGAUCUUAAAAUAUAGCUUGGAGGAAAGACGAGACAGGGGGAUAUGAUAGAAACAUUUAAAUACAUAAAGGGAAUCAACAGAGUAAAGGAGGAAACUAUAUUUAAAAGAAGAAACACAGUCUUAAAUUAGAGGGGCAAAGGUUUAACAAUAAUAUCAGGAAGUAUUACUUUACUGAGAGGGUAGUGGAUGCAUGGAAUAGCCUUCCAGCUGAAGUGGUAGAGGUUAACACAGUAAAGGAGUUUAAGCAUGCGUGGGAUAGACAUAAGGCUAUCCUAACUAUAAGAUAAGGCCAGGGACUAAUGAAAGUAUUUAGAAAAUUGGGCAGACUAGAUGGGCCGAAUGGUUCUUAUCUUCCGUCACAUUCUAUGUUUCUAUGUUUCUAAAUAUAAGGCUUGUGUUUCAGUUUUUUCACAUUGAAAUUCACCAGAUUGGUUACGUUGCCAUUGAGACCGUAUGGUAGUCCAGGAAUGAGAAUUACCCCCAUGAUGGCAUACCAUUUGCAAAAGUAUACAACCCAAGGUAUUGCAAAUGGGGUAUGUCCAGUCUUUCUUAGUAGCCACUUAGUCACAAACACUGGGCAAAAUUGGCGUUCAAAUUAGUGUUUUGCAUUUUUUACACACAAACAAAUAUUAACGUUAACUUUGGCUAGUGUUAGUGACUAAGUGGCUUCUAAAAAAACUGAACAUACCCCAUUUGCAAUACAUUGGGUUGUUUACUGUUGCAAAUGGUAUGACAUCAUGGGGGUAAUUCUCAUUCCUGGGCUACCAUGCGAUCUCUAAGGCAUCGUAACCAAUCUGGCAAAUUUCAAAUUGGGAAAAAACUGAAAAAUGUAACGUGCUAUAUUUGACCCUGUAACUUCCCAAAACACAAUAAAACCUGUAAAUAGGGGGUACUUUUUUUCACGUGAGACAUCGCUGAAUACAAAUAUGUGUAUUUUAUUGCAGUAAAAGCAAACAGUACUAUGACAUUCACAGUUAAAAUGUCACGCAGAACUAAAAAAAAAUAACAAAAUGUCUUAAUUUCUCACAUUUUUUAUUUUCUUCAUAUUACAUUUUGUUUCAUAGCUAAAUAUUUGAAUGAACCCCCCAAUUCUCCAGAAUAAAAUGAUAUAUAAUAAGUGUGGGUGCACUUAAUAUGAAAGAGGUGAAUUACAGUUGAACAAACAUAUAGUCAAAUCCAGGUUUUGUUUACGUUUUAUUUUGAUCAAAACGUGUACAUUUGGCUCAGUACUUAAGGGAUUAAGAGACUGGAUAACUGUGUGGGUAAGAUUGCAUGUAUACAGCAUGAGGUGUGAGGUAUUGAGAGGGAUUUACUUACUAUCUUUUACCAAUAUUUUCAAAAUAUUUCGUAAAAGACACUACAGGCUCCAAAACAACUGGCUUAAUGAAGCAGGUUUGGUGUAUAGAUCAUGCCUCUGACGUGUCACUGCUCAGUUCUCUGCCACAUUUAGGAGAUAAAUCACUUUUGUUUUUGUUUAUGCAGUCCUAGCCACACCUCCCCUGGCUGUAACUGACACAGCCUGCAUAAAUAAAUGGUUUAAUUUUCAAUCAGAUGUAAACUUGCUUUAGAAGUUUUCAUAUUCUGCUCUAUAAAUUGAACUUUAAUCACACAUAGGAGGCUCCUGCAGGGUCUAGAAGUCUAUCAACAGAGCAGGAGAAAAUAAAUUAUAAAUUAAACAGACUGUGCAAUAAAGGAAGUGUAAACAUUAGAGGACUCUUUACAGGAAGUGUGUAGGAAGGCUGUGUAAGUCACAUGCAGGGAGGUGUGGCUAGGAUUGUAUAAACAUAGUGAUUUUUGGUAGAGUGUUGAGCAGUGAGACUGCAGGGGCAUUAUCUAUACACCAAAACUGCUUCAUUAAGCUAAAAUUGUUUUGGUGACCUAUAGUGUCCCUUUCAAUUAGCAAGUUUACAAAUCAUGCAGUUUUUAAUGUUUUACUAACAUUGUAUUGUUUAAAGGCAAUAUACAUUGUACAACAAUCCAGAUUAACUGGCAAGGAGGCUGAGACAUGUCCCCGUAUAUUUACAUAGUGAGGUCUUGUUACUAGGAGCUUAAUAUCUAAGAGUUCCAGUAGCCUAUGAUGUAAGCAGAUUCCCGUAGUACACAAUGUACUGCUUUAUAGAGUUUUACUAAAGAAGUUCAACAAAAAAAAACAAGAUUUGUGACAUUGUAUUUUAGAUUUUAUUACUAAGGAUAGAUAAAUGUUUGUUACACUGUAGAGUUUGCAUUCGUUUAAGAAUUUUGUAAAUGAUAGUGUUAUAUGAUCCCUUUCUGUUUCCAGCAAAGCCUGUCUUUAUAAUCCACCCACAGAACACAGAGGUGCUUCUAGGGGGCAGUUUGACACUGGAGUGUGGCGUAUUUGGGGACCCUAAGCCUGUAAUUACCUGGACGGCAGCUAAUGGUGACCCUAUUCCCAGUAGUGAGAGGUUUACUGUAACCAACUCUGGAGAGCUCUUUAUCCAGAACGUUAAGAUUUCCGAUCACGGACUGUAUCGAUGUCAUGCAAGUAACGAUGAGGGGUCUAUCGAGGCAUCUGCACUGAUUAUUGUACAAGGUAUAUGGAAUUACAGCUGAUGACAGAAUUGUGAUGAUGAACUGUAUUAUUUUCGGUAUAACUGCUUUCUCUGUUGUUUUUUAUUUUAUCUGCAGACAAACAGAAAUUUACUGUGACUCCCAGUGACCAAACGGUAACAGAGGGCAGUGACACAGAAUUCCCGUGUGCUGCACAAGGACACCCAACCCCUGUGAUAUCAUGGACCAAAGCAGGUGUUUGGGGCCAGAGGCGCACGGGGCUGUUGCGUAAAGCACACUUUUUUUUUAUUGAAUUUUUAAGUUAUAAUUAUUUUUAAUUAGACACUUUUUAGGCUUUAUCUUUUUAUAUAUUUAUAUAUAUAUAUAUAUAUAUAUAUAUAUAUAUGUGUGUGUGUUUGUGUGUGGUAAGCGCCAGGAACCACAGAUUGCAGAAAACAUUCAUUACAUCAGAUCGGUGAUUGGUAACAUUCAUUAGAUCAGAUCGGUGAUUGGUAACAUUCAUUAAUCAGAUCGUUGAUUGGUAACAUUCAUUACAUCAGAUCGGUGAUUGGUAGCAUUCAUUACAUCAGAUCGGUGAUUGGUAACAUUCAUUACAUCAGAUCGGUGAUUGGUAGCAUUCAUUAGAUCAGAUCGGUGAUUGGUAACAUUCAUUACAUCAGAUCGGUGAUUGGUAGCAUUCAUUACAUCAGAUUGGUGAUUGGUAACAUUCAUUAAUCAGAUCGAUGAUGGUAACAUUCAUUAGAUCAGAUAGGUGAUUGGUAACAUUCAUUACAUCAGAUCGGUGAUUGGUAACAUUCAUUACAUCAGAUCGAUGAUGGUAACAUUCAUUAGAUCAGAUCGGUGAUUGGUAACAUUCAUUACAUCAGAUUGGUGAUUGGUAACCUUGAUUACAUCAGAUUGGUGAUUGGUAACAUUCAGUACAUCAGAUCAUUGGUUGGUAACAUUCAUUAAUCAGAUCGUUGAUUGGUAACAUUCAUUACAUCAGAUCGGUGAUUGGUAGCAUUCAUUACAUCAGAUCGGUGAUUGGUAGCAUUCAUUACAUCAGAUCGGUGAUUGGUAACAUUCAUUACAUCAGAUCGGUGAUUGGUAACAUUCAUUAGAUCAGAUCGGUGAUUGGUAACAUUCAUUACAUCAGAUUGGUGAUUGGUAACAUUCAUUAGAUCAGAUUGGUGAUUGGUAACAUUCAUUAGAUCAGAUCGGUGAUUGGUAGCAUUCAUUACAUCAGAUCGGUGAUUGGUAACAUUCAUUACAUCAGAUCGGUGAUUGGUAGCAUUCAUUACAUCAGAUCGGUGAUUGGUAGCAUUCAUUACAUCAGAUCGGUGAUUGGUAACAUUCAUUACAUCAGAUCGGUGAUUGGUAACAUUCAUUAGAUCAGAUCGGUGAUUGGUAACAUUCAUUACAUCAGAUUGGUGAUUGGUAACAUUCAUUAGAUCAGAUUGGUGAUUGGUAACAUUCAUUAGAUCAGAUCGGUGAUUGGUAGCAUUCAUUACAUCAGAUCGGUGAUUGGUAACAUUCAUUACAUCAGAUCGGUGAUUGGUAACAUUCAUUAGAUCAGAUCGGUGAUUGGUAACCUUGAUUACAUCAGAUUGGUGAUUGGUAACAUUCAUUAGAUCAGAUUGGUGAUUGGUAACAUUCAUUAGAUCAGAUCGGUGAUUGGUAACAUUCAUUACAUCAGAUCGGUGAUUGGUAACAUUCAUUACAUCAGAUCGGUGAUUGGUAACAUUCAUUACAUCAGAUCGGUGAUUGGUAACAUUCAUUAGAUCAGAUCGGUGAUUGGUAACCUUGAUUACAUCAGAUUGGUGAUUGGUAACAUUCAUUAGAUCAGAUUGGUGAUUGGUAACAUUCAUUAGAUCAGAUCGGUGAUUGGUAACAUUCAUUACAUCAGAUCGGUGAUUGGUAACAUUCAUUACAUCAGAUCGGUGAUUGGUAACAUUCAUUACAUCAGAUCGGUGAUUGGUAACAUUCAUUACAUCAGAUCGGUGAUUGGUAACAUUCAUUAGAUCAGAUGGUGAUUGGAGAAGUGCGUCGUUGAUGCUACUAAGGGUGGUUUGAAUUGUGUUGAAGUUUAAUUGUCUCUGUUCACUAGGUGAAGAGUUACCAAACGAUGGAAGACACAAUGUUCUGUCAUCGGGUACUCUUCGGGUGCUUAGAGUAGGACUGCGUGAUUCCAGUGAGUACCAAUGCCACGCUACCAGCAGUCUUGGCGUCAGCUCUGUAACUGUGAAACUGCGCGUCAGGCCACAAGGUAAGGACUAUAUUAUCACAGUAUGACUGGUUCUUCACUCUAUGGUAUCUGAUUCUCACAAGCAAUACAUAUUAAUCCAUUCUAAUAAAAUCUCCAUAUACACAUCUCAUAAUGUCUCUCUCUCUUGCACUCUAUUGGUUUGUUUACAAAGUGCCUAUGGUAAAAGGUAAAACAACACUCCAAACAUGAACCCAAUACUCACUGUGCCUAGAGGAGGGGUAUAUCAUCCACACCUCGCUGAGGGAGCCGGCCUGCAUUUUGCGUCUGGACUGUCCUUUCGGGUGGAUCAGUCUCAUAUGCAAAUGAUUUAGGUUAUCCCUGUCAUAAACUAAAACCAGUUGGAGAACUGAGCGGGAACGCACCAAAGGACAAGCUAUUUGUGUUGUCCGUUCGCAGUAUUCACGUUUUAGUUUAUUUCAUUAAUAUAGACUUGUAAUACGAAUUUGUUAAAAUAUAUAUAUAUAUAUAUUUUAUUAUCGAUUAACCUCAUUCCUCGUUCUAGACUCGUUCUAGUCUGUAAAACAUCUAUUUUGUUUCACUGCAGAUGAUGUGCGUGUUGGCGAUGAAUUUGUGAAGAUAUCUUUACAGGAAGCGAUCCGGGGAGUGAACGCAAGCAUCACCUCCACUCAGCAACAUCUAUUCAGCACGUGAGCACGUUCCUAGAUUUCUGUUUAGCUGGUAGAUGAACUGAUUUGCUUUAUCCAUUGAAUAUUCAGCACGGGUCCUUACAAAUAUCUGCAAGGACUGCUGACUAAAUAUCCCUUUUGAUAUUUUUGCAAGAAAAAUGCCCACGAUAUAUUUGACAUUGUCUGGCUUCAGUUAUUAUUUCAUUGUUUACAUUUCUGUUGGUGUGCCCUGUGUUUUACAGGAUAAUAGUUUAAAAACGGAGGAAGUGACAGAUUUACCAGAAAUUGUAGUCAAUUGUUAAAGCGGAGAAAAGGAGUUGUAAUCCUUGUUAAUGCAAAGAGGGACAUGAAUUAGGCCUGCUUUCACUGGGAAUAAACCAGACACUCAAAGAUAAAUUAUGGUACUUUUAUUCCACACCACCAGGCACUUGGGUAGGCUGCAUAGUUCUAGUAUAAUGACUGUUCCCACAUAGUCAGACAAUGUAGAUUCAUUUUAGUAUAUAAAUUGCACACAUUAAAGGAACACUCCGAUUAAUUUUUUUUAACAAUUGAGUAGAUAUAUGCCCAUUGAAAACAUGUACGCAUUUAAUUAUAAAAUGCUGCAGUUCUCUUGUCUGCAGCCUUUCCAAGUCAUCCCAUUCUAACCCCGCCCAUACUUUUUGUGGCUGUCCAAUCACAAACUUCACAAUGCAGCUCAAUAAGAAGUGUUUACAAGGCAGAUGUUCUGGGCAAUUGCUGCCUUUUUAUCUCCACUGAGUUAAACAAACCAGGAAGUAACAGGACCUGUUGUCUGAUUGACAGCCAGUAGGGUGAAAGUAGGUUAAUUUAUAAAAGCGAACAUUUCUGUUGAAUACCGCUCUUUUUGUAAAAUGAAAAAAAGAAAAAAACACUCUUAACACAAAGCACUUCGGUAAGAAACCACUUUAGGAGUGUGGAGUGGGCCUUUAACCCAUUAAGGACACAACUUCUGGAAUAUUUCCAUCAUGUGUCCUUAAGGGGUUAAAGAGUAAUUGCCUGCACACUUCCCUCCCAUUAUCGUUAAUUUGUACCAUGCUGUAAUUUGAGGGAUUCCUGGCUGUAUGAUAUGCUGGGCAGAACUGUGCCAAUUCCUGCAAUUAAUAGAAUUUAACAAUAUUCUAAUGAACAGUCUGGUAACGGUAGCGAAGUUCAAUGUUAUCUUUCACAUCUUCAUAUUGUACUAUUGAUGCAGACUCCCCAAGAUGCCCGGUGAUCUUCUGGCUCUCACACGCUAUCCCCGAGACCCUCAAGCAGUCAGUGACGCGAAAGCAGCAGAGAUCAUGGAAAGGACCCUGGAGCUAAUUGAAGAACAUGUUCGGGAAGGGCUUGCUGAAGACAUUGAUAGCCAGAGUAAUGUCCUGCAGCCUAACCAUUAAAGAGACUUUCCUCUUUUAACCCUUUAUCAUCUUUUAUCUGUAGUGCCCUGUAGAAAAAAUGUUUUAUAAAUAUAUUAAUAUUUAAAUAAGUAGCCUUUAGUUUUCCAGUUACAGAUCAUUUUAUAUUGGGAACAGAGGCAAUUUGAAACCCAUUAUGUCUACGUGCAAUCACAUUUUCCUGUGCUUUUAAAUGUCUUUGUAAACUUUUCUUUAAUAUGUUGUGACACGUGAUGACAUAUUCUCACUAAAAUAUACUAGAUCUUUCUUUUUAGGGUAGAGUGAAGUGUUUAUAAGUUUUCCUGUAACCAAGCAAAUUGCCUGAGUGUUAAUAAUGUUCGUUGUUGUCACAGGUUUCCAUUACAUUGACCUGGUCUCUCCACAAUACAUCAGUAUGAUCGCCAAUGUCUCCGGCUGCUCGGCCCACCGCAGUACUCCCAACUGUUCAGACAUGUGCUUCCACCAACACUACCGCACACAUGAUGGUUCGUGUAACAACCUCCAACAUCCUAUGUGGGGUGCUUCGAACACAGCCUUCCUGCGGCUGCUUAAACCAGCCUAUCAGAAUGGUUUGAACCUCCCCCGAGGUCUUGGAUUAACAGAAGAGUCAGGAGAACUUCCUUUACCACUUCCUCGCUUGGUGUCCACUACCAUGAUUGGCACAGAGACCAUAACACCAGAUGAGCAAUUUACACAUAUGCUUAUGCAGUGGGGUCAAUUCUUGGAUCAUGAUUUGGAUCAGACUGUACCAGCCCUUGGCAUGUCCAGGUUCUCAGAUAAUGCUCCUUGCAGUCAGGUGUGCUCCAAUGACCCCCCUUGUUUUCCCAUCAUGAUUCCUGAGAAUGACCCUCGUGUGAGCAGUGGACCAUGCAUGUUCUUUGCCCGAUCCAGUCCAGUUUGUGGCAGCGGGGUGACCUCUCUGCUUUUGAACUCACUUUAUUCUCGAGAGCAGAUGAACUUGCUCACAUCCUACUUGGAUGCCUCCAAUGUUUAUGGGAGCACAGAACAGGAGGCUCAGGAUUUGAGGGAUCUUAGCAACCAGAGAGGGCUCCUGAGAAGGGGCAGUGUGGUAUCCAGCUCAGGCAAGUAUUUACUACCAUAUGCCAGUGGACCUCCUACUGAAUGCAUGCGUGAUGAGAAUGAGAGCUCCGUACCAUGUUUCCUAGCUGGAGACUAUCGAGCCAAUGAGCAGCUCGGACUCACAGCAAUGCACACUUUAUGGUUUCGGGAACAUAACCGUAUUGCAGAUCAGCUGCUGAAGCUCAAUCCUCACUGGAGUGGCGAUCGAAUAUACCACGAAGCCAGGAAACUGGUGGGCGCCCAAAUGCAGCACAUUACCUACACUCACUGGCUUCCUAAAAUUCUUGGAGAAGCUGGAAUGAGUAUGUUGGGGAAAUACAAUGGCUAUAAUCCCAACCUUCAUGGUGGUAUCUUCAAUGCCUUCGCCACUGCUGCAUUUCGAUUUGGCCACACUCUAAUCAACCCUAUCCUAUAUCGUUUGAAUGAAACCUUCCAGCCCAUUCCACAAGGACACCUCCCACUACAUAAGGCUUUCUUCAGUCCAUUUAGGUUGCUCCAGGAGGGAGGCAUUGAUCCCAUACUACGCGGCCUCUAUGGAGUUCCUGGUAAAAUGCGCGUUCCCACCGAGUUACUCAACACAGAGCUAACGGAGAAGCUUUUCUCAGCAGUGCAUUCUGUGGCUUUAGAUUUGGCUGCCAUUAACAUCCAACGAGGGCGUGAUCACGGAAUUCCACCAUACAAUGACUACAGAGUCUUCUGCAAUCUCACCUCUGCUCAGGAAUUUGACGACUUAAAGGAAGAGAUCAAAAACCAAGAGAUAAGGGAGAUACUCCGCAGGUCAGUUCCCUUCAAAGCAGCUGGAGAACUUGUAAAAAGAGUCUGUGUUAUGUCUAUAUAAAUAAUAUGUAUUGAUAAAAAAUAUAUUUAUUUAAACCCUAAAUAAUGACAAAUUAAAUAACAUGCUCUUCAGGAUUAAAAGCAGGAUUUGAAGAUUUAAGAAAAUGAGUGCAAAGGAGAGACAAAAUAUUAAUUUGUAUAAUAUAUGUUCCUAAAUAAAAUGAUAAACUCUAUUAUAAAAUACGGUAAUAUCCAAGGAAAGGACUACAAAAUAAGUCUUCCGAGAAUAUAUGAACACGAAAUGUGACGUGCCCGUGUAAAAUAAAACCAUAUUUAUUUACUUGGUAUAGUAUGAUUGCUACUGGCAUUUAUAAAGCACCUACAUAUUCCAUAGCGCUGUACAAUUGGGUAGGCUGAAAGUGCUAAUUAAUGCAGAUAAAAAUAAGGAUAAAUUGUCCCAGUAGGAAGAGAAGAAUAACCUAGAAUCUCAACCACAUAUACAAUGCCAAAGAAUGGCUGUUCCUACAUUCUACUAUGGGAGACAACAGGUCCCUAUUCGAGAACGUGUAGAGCCCAAGCUUUUGGAUAUAGGGUAACCAGUGCUGUGUCUGAAUGACCUAGUAAUGUAUUACAAAGGGCAAUGAGGGCCAAGAUGGAGAGGAUAAAUUCUGCAUACCAUAGCAUGCUAAAAAGCAAUGCUGGCUGAGUAACAUGCCUUUGAAGGUGGUGUUUGGAUCACCGGAACGCAUGUUGGGCGAUUUGUCAGUCCACAGGAAUGGUGCUAGACUACUGUUCCCCAGGGAUGACCAGCUCAUUUCAAGCCCCCCACCACCACCCCACCCCAAAUCAAAAUUUAACAACUUAGAUUUUUAAAAACAGAACUGUAGAACAAAUUAAAAGCAAAAUAUUUGAAACUAACAUAUUUCAUGACAUAAGAUCACUUCCUCCCAUCCCUACCAUAGAGGAAAAAAGAGGAAAAGUGGGGGGGGAGAAAUGAUAGAAACAAUAUUAGAUUCUCAUAUUUUAACUGUAUACUUGACGUUUUUUCACUGUCUGCUGAACAAGGGUCUCCGUUAGACAUCGUCGUGCAUCAAUGUGCUUUUUGUGCCCUUGUACUAGAAAAAUAGAUGUUCGCAUUCUUGUUCAAAACACAAAAAAACUCGCAUUUUACCAUUUUGUUAGUUUUCCCCAAAAAAAACUUGGCAGGAUAAUUUAAAAAUGAACAGGUUUUAAAACAGCACAAAUUACAAUCAUUAUAAUGAUGAUCCAAAGGAAUGCUGGCAUCACAUCUCCGUUUUAUUAUUUAUUUAUUUUUCCAGCCUCUAUGGAACACCAAAAAAUGUGGAUCUGUUCCCAGCACUGAUGGUGGAAGACCUGGUACCGGGGACUCGAGUUGGACCCACCCUGAUGUGCCUCUUAGUCAAUCAGUUCAAACUCAUUCGAAAUGGAGACAGGCAUGUGCUUCCUUUCUCUGUCCUAUGUUUUGGUAAUUUUAUAAGCAGUAUUCUGCAUUCAAGAUUCAAAAAAUUUGCCGAUUCAGGUUGGCCGUUUCAUACUGUUACAGGAUAUUAAUUGGUUUUAAAUGAUCCUGUGAUCUGUUACGUGGACCUUUACACAACCCUACGUUCCUUCAGUGCUGGCAGAUCAUGCUGUAGUUGGGUUUACGGUCACCUAUUCACAGCUUUGAUUGUGUAGGGAUCAGUGGAAAGUUCUCUUAUUUACUAAGGUUUAGUGUAAAUAGUUACCAACGCAAGUAGGACAACCGUGGAUGGAAAAAGGUGUAUGUAGCUGCUUGUAUUCUUUCUACCGUUGUCUUUCUCGUUACCCACUUGUUCUAAUUUUCCUUUUCUUUGCUCUCCAUUUCUCUAUUUUAUUUUAUUUCAUUCUCUCACAUUUUUUCCACUGUCAUCUAAUUUCCUUGCUAUUUUUCCAUCUCAUUUAUUCAGUCCCUUAUUAUUUUUAUUAUUUUUCUCCUGCACGUUUUCUUUCGAUCACUUUCUAUCUUUCUCUUCAAACAUUGUACAUUUUUCUGUCCUCUACGGGCUGUGCAGAUUUUAUUCACUCGUUCCCCUGAAUUCUCACGUUGGCUAUAUUUUCUUAUGAACCAUUGGUACCCCGUUCAGGUUCUGGUACAGUAACCCCGGUGUAUUCACGGCUGCUCAGCUGGCUCAGAUUCGGCAGUCUUCACUGGCUCGUGUCCUCUGUGAUAACGGAGAUCAGAUCAGACAUGUCCAGGAAGAUGUGUUCCACGUGGCCACGUACCCUAACGGCAUGCACGCCUGUGAGGACCUCUCUGGUGUAGACCUGCGCCUAUGGCAGGAGUGCUGUGAUGGUGAGACAACAGAUCAGUCAUUGUCUCCCUCCUGUGGGUAAAGUCAGAGACAAAAAUCACUGCAAUAUCUCUUUCAUCCCUAGCCCCAUCCUUUUAUAUUUAUAUUGUAUAUUAUGUUUUUACACCACGGAGAAACACCACAGAGUAGAUUUUACUGCCCUUUAAUGCAUUUGCUAAAUACUGUAUUAAGACCUUAAAUAAUGGUUGCUGGUUUACGGGCUCUUCAAUAUUGGUCCCUAUGGCUCUCUUCAGGUAUGAUAGACUCUACCAACAGACGCCUGCUUCCCGGUCAUUCUUGGCUUAUCAUGUUUUAUAGUAUGUUAUAGCGUUUACAGCUUUAAGGGAGCAAAGAUCCCGUUGCAAGUUUAUUUUAGAAACAGACUAUCACUACAAUUAUUCAGUGUCCAAAGAUCUAGGGAGCAAUAAUAACAAUCCACACUCCACAAUGGUCUCUUCAGAUUUUUGCACACCCUGAUGGGUAACUAAAUUUGAAAGUGAGUUGUGCAGUUUAAAAGUGGAUUUCUGGAUGUCCAGGCAAAUGUAGAGCAAUAAUGUAACCUGUACAGUGCCAUGUGUGUAGGCCUGGCACUUGUGAGAAAUAUCAUGUGCAUGCUCUUACACAGUAUUUGUGUCGAUGUCAGUGUGCUCAGAUCUUUGGGUGACCAUGUCGCUCGGGAGACAUUCUCAUACCCAGUUCUGUGUCAGGAUACCUUUCCUUCCCAUACCGCACAGCAUAUUCUUUGUUCAAGUUUAAAUGUGGGGCACUCAUUGUACUUCUGCCUUAAGGUUUGUUUUGUUGUUACAGUCCAGAACAGCAAGUUAAUAAUAUAACAUGUAACAAUAUUAGGACUAGAUGCCUCAACCUAACAAAUCUCCCCCUAAACUUCUCUGCAGGCUGUGGGACUCGUGGCCAAUCCGAGGCUCUGUCUCAACAUUUCCGACUCCGAAGAUCUCUGAAAUUCAGCCACAAAGAGGACAACCCAUCCCACCCCAGGUGAAAGGUUACCCUCAGGUUAUGGCUGAUAAUUCAUAACAAACAGAUCUUCCUAGAAUAUUUUGCUAAUGGGAAAAGAAUGUGACAGGUAAAGAAGGAAGUCCUAAAAUAUGUGAUACCUAUCUGGUGGUUUGUUCCUUGCAGACUGGCUGAAGACCCUCAAGAAUACAGCAUGGGGUACAUUGUGCAUCAGUUUGAAGGAGCCAUCACUGAGCUGAAGAGCAAGGUAAGGCUACAAAGAUGAACUAAUAUAGUUUCUUUAAGGCCUUAGAUUCUCGUACAUAAUGGAAACACAAUAUCACAGGGCUCAUUGCUGUUAUGAAUUGUUGUGACUGCAAGGAAGUCUGUAAUCUGUACCUUAGCCACACCUCCGGGGGGGGGGGAGGCAGACUGUGGGUGGGCAGGGACCCUCAUACAGUGUUAAACUGAUCAAAAAUGGUUUAUGGUGGAGGGACGGUGCCCAGGACUAUAACCACUUCAAUGAGAUUAAAUGGUUAUACUGCCUACAGUGUCCCUUGAAUUAUUCCUAAAUUAGAUGGAAACAGAAAUAGAGCAUGCAGAGCCCUGUAACCAGAGUUAACUUUUUUUAGCUGAUAACCCUUUGAAUGGUGGAACGUUCCGCUAGGGCCAUAGUUCUGCAGUUUCUGGGAAUAAAGUAAGUGUCCCUUUGUUCCCUGCAGGUCCAAGAGCUUGAAGCCAAGCUGAGUUGGAUUUACCGAAAGUCUCCAGCAAGGCGGCGACGAUUGUAGAAUACGUUACCAGGGGUGAGGUAAGUAGUCGGGAGUUUCAAUCUGAUACUAACAGGGAUAUUCACUAAUGUGAGAAUUUUAAGUGAGUUAAUGCUGAAUCUAAAAUUUAAGGUCAAAAUAAUUGAACUAAAACAGUUCUCUAAGUCCCUGUUCUGCCCCAGGGGUAUUCCUAAUAUAAAGAAAUACCUUGCCUCUCCUGCUGUAGUCUUGACUACAAUUCCCAUAAUUUUUUAACAGCCAGUACAGGAACAUGACAGCCAUGGGGAUUAUGGGAACAUCUUGACUGCCAAUAACCAGAGGCUUCGGCGGGAGAUCUCAAUGUUAUCUUUAUAUAUAGACUGUAGCACAAAAUGAUUUCUUGAACUUCAUACAGAAACAUCAGCCCAGAAAACAUCCAGCGGAGAAAACUACUCUAAAUGUGUUAAUUUAUUUUCCUGGAUUUUUUUACUCAGCACCAUUUAAUGUGUCACUGUCUGGGGACCUUUGCGAAUUCACAAAGUUCCCCAACUGUGACAUUGCCGCUGGUAGUCUGGUGACUGUGGGGGGAAAGGUAAAGGUGAGAUUGCGUACUUGAACCUGUGCCAUACAGGCAUCUUCAUCUUUCUCGCGCUGCUCGUCUUCAAGCGCCAGAACCGAUGUCACUGCUAUCCUCUCACGCAUGCGCUAUAGUACAGCAUUGAGGUCUAUGGAACAUCCCACAAGGUCGCAGGAUCCUCCGUAGACACCGCUACUUCCUUGCAGCAGUCACCGGUGAAGGCUGUAGGGAUUGUCACUUAGUCCUCCGCCUUGUGUCAAAGAAAAUCUUGACUGGGUUGGAAUUUCAGUGAAAUUCUAACAGUUAUAAUGAGUAUUUCAGAAAGAUUCUAUCUUUACAAAAUACACAUUUUUAAGGAGGUAUGGUGACCUUUCAUUUUUGCAUGACAUAUAACUUUGUGUAAGGGACUCCACUGAAUCUGUUACCCCCUUUUUUUAUUUUUAUUUUAAUAUACACACUAGCUAACUAUGUGCUGAACAUGGAGAGACCAAAAGUUAAAAUAUAGCAUAUUGGGACUCCAAUGUGACUCUGAUGUAGAAACAUAGAAUGUGACAGCAGAUAAGAACUAUUCGGCCCAUCUAGUCUGCACAAUUUUCUAAAUACUUUCAUUAGUCCCUGGCCUUAUCUUAUAGUUAGGAUAGCCUUAUGCCUAUCCCACGCAUGCUUAAACUCCUUUACUAGCUGGAAGGCUAUUCCAUGCAUCCACUACCCUCUCAGUAAAGUAAUACUUCCUGAUAUUAUUUUUAAACUUUUGCCCCUGUAAUUUAAGACUAUGUGACUCUUUUAUUUUAUAUUCCUUAAAGGGCACUAUAGGCCCUAGACCACUUCAGCUCAUUGAAGUGGUCCGGGUGCUGUGUCCCUAUUGCCCUUAGUUCUGCAUAUGUUAAACAUUGCAGUUCCAGCGAAAGUUCACUGUUUACAUUUCAGCACUAAGUCAGCCCCUAGUCGCUGUUUCCCAGACAGCCACUAUAGGGCUUCCUGGUUUGAAACACACCUUUGGAACGUUAUCUGACGCUGGGCGUUCUCCCGCUCUGCAUGAGGACCUUCAGUGUCAGAUUUUUCCCUAAUGUGGUUUAAUGUGUAGAGAUAGUAAAUGAUGUGUAGAUAAGAAAUCUUCAUUGUCCUCAUUUCAGCUAUGGAGAUACUGGGCUGAUUUGAAAUGAUCGAUUUGAACUGAGGGAUUCCGGCACUUCAUCUAUUGAAACCUCAGAUUACCAUCAAGACUACAUCGAUACAUCGAAGACUGAAAGAAAAGAUUGAUUUUUUUUUUUCUUUAAAAAGACACUGUAACCAACAUAACCACUUUAGUGUCCGGUGUACCUGGGGGUCCCCAUGAGAGGAAAUUGAUAUAUCGAAAACUUUUACUUUAGAGACUUCUAGAGAGAGGGCCAGACCAGAGGGGGGCGGGAGCCAAGGUAAGAGUUAAAUAUUUGGCAUCACAACCAUAGCAGCAUGGUGUCUAGAGGGACAUUUUAAAAUUCAGUGAACUUGUUUUAGAUAUUGGGGUUUCCUGUACGGAUAUCACUUCUACGUAUUGAUGGGCAGUGCGUGAAGAGGGCUGCCCUUCAGUAUACUGAGUCCAGAAAUCAAUUGAUCAUUGUUGGUGUGCUACCCAUUGCUAUGAAUAAAGUGUGUGUGUAGGAAAUCAGUGGCCCUGACAGUUUAAUUUAGAAGCCACUUAUGUGAAGUGACU